UCUCUCUCUCUCUCUCUCACCAACAACACUUAUUAACACACCCGCACACUGUCACUCCCUUUGCACUCCCCUUUUGUUUUAAUUUACCAAAAACACCCUCUUUCUCUUCUCCAAUUCUCUCCCAAACACUCUCUCUUUGCUCCUCUCUCUGUAUAUGUCUCUGUUUUCUCUCUCACUCUGAUACCACUGCCCCUCAUUGCCUUUUUCUCACUCCCACGAUCAUCUGGGUUUUCUCACAUUUGAUCAACCAUCGAAUUUGGAAAAUCUUGCUGAAUUGAAGGGUUUAUCUGUGGAGUUGGCUUGCCUGCUAGUGCUUGCUCUGUUUGCCAGAGGGCAUUCUUAAACAGACUGUGAAUACGAUAUGGAAGAAGGAAGAACUGAACUAGAGUUUGAUGAAUUUGAGAAGCUUCUUGGUGAGAUACCAAAUGCUACUUCUGUGAACCCACAUUCUGAGGAAUCUAGAACUAAAAGUGUGUCUCUGAAUGGAAGCUUGUCUCCCAUCUGUGUGAACUCCUACAAACGGCCUUUAAGUGAGAAACUCCAUAACAACGGCAGGCGGAAUGAGGGAAAGAACUCAGUGAAGAAAAUUCUGAAAUCACCAGCGGAAAGGGGUCAACCAGAGGUGACAAAUCUGCCUGAUGACCGAUCCUUAACAUCUGCAUUUGCAGGACUGAGCUUUGAUGGUGGGGUCACUAUGGAAGCUGGAAGUUACGAGGAAACUUGUAAAUCCAUGCAGAACUUAUCCUUUUCAUUGAAUGGCCAAAUCCCAAACAGCUUAAAGACACAUAUUUCCGAUUCAGAUACUCCAGUCAUGGUCGUUCCCUCAUUCCAAGCACCAAAUAACACACCUUGUGGCUUUUAUGAGUUUGAUGUGACAAACAUAGGCCAAGAAAGUUCAAAUAUGUCAAAAUUCAAUUCUGAAGAGCUUAAGAAACCCCAGGUUGUCUAUUCACAGCCUAUGGAAAAUUUAUCUUCUGCUGUUCCUCUAGCUCACACAGUGCAAGGUUUUCAGUUCCUCUCUAAUGUGCCUGGCCCUGGUCUGCAGUUUCCUCUAACAUCUGAUCCGCAGCAAUUCUUUCUGGACGCACAAUCUCGUAUUCCUUACCUACGUUCACAACAGUUGAACCAGAAUCAAGUUAGUUGGAGGAAUAUGGAAGAGGAACAAUAUUAUAGGAUGCAGCAAAGAUAUGUGUACAUGCAGCAGCUUCAUGAUCAGCGGUUCGAAGCUCAGCAUCUGGUUCAAGGAAGUGGGAAUAUUGCAAGCAGGCUAACAUGUCCAAACCCCAGGCAUACACAUUUUGAGGUGCCAAUCUCCCAUCGGCUCGAACAAUCUAAUCAAGAACGAGUUAGGAACAAUUAUGUGAUUCCCAGGGGUCCACACCAAUCAAAUCCUGCCCUUUCUUACACAGAUUUUAAUGGGAUUCAAGUUUUUGACAAGGUGGGGAAACAGAGUUUUCCUGAGAAGAUUCUAACAAGAUCACAUGGAAUGAACACACUUAAGGCUGUGAAGUUUGGUGCUGUUGGAGCAGAUGAAUCACUUGCUCAUGUUCACAAUGGCAAAGUUCUCUCAAAUGGUCAUUUCCGGCAUACCUUAUCUACUCAAAACACUGGAUGUUUUCAGUUGGAUAGUUUGAGCACAUGGGGUAUGUUCCCUAGUUUGAUGCACCUUAAGAAUACAGAUAUGAAGGCACUGCCUCAGAAAUAUACCGACAUGAAGGCAUUGCCUCAGAAAUAUAACUCCAUGGAUGAAAUUACUGGUAGAAUUUAUCUCAUGGCUAAGGACCAGCAUGGUUGUCGCUUCUUACAAAGAAAAUUUUCUGAAGGCGCCCAAAAGGAUGUUGAGAAUAUUUUCUUUGAAAUAAUAGAUCACAUUGUUGAGCUCAUGACAGAUCCUUUUGGGAAUUACCUCAUCCAGAAGCUGCUUGAAGUGUGUGGCGAGGUUCAGAAAAUGCAAAUUCUUCAUUCAAUCACUAAAAAGCCGGGGGAACUUGUUAGGAUUUCAUGUGAUAUGCAUGGGACUCGGGCUGUUCAAAAGGUUAUUGAAACCCUCAAAACUCCGGAGCAGUUUUCCAUGGUCGUUUCCUCCCUAAAGCCAGGGAUAGUGACUUUGAUAAAAAACACAAAUGGCAACCAUGUUGCACAACGCUGCUUGCAGUAUUUAACGCCUGAAUAUCGUGAGUUUCUUUUUGAAGCUGCAACUACUAAUUGUGUAGAGCUUGCAACGGAUCGCCAUGGCUGUUGUGUGCUACAAAAAUGCCUUAGCCAUUCUGAUGCUGAACAAAGAAACCGAUUAAUCUGCGAGAUCACUUCGAAUGCUCUAAUCCUUUCCCAAGAUCCAUUUGGGAACUAUGUUGUGCAAUUUGUCUUUGAACUUCAGCUUCCAUGGGCAACUGUAGAUAUUCUUGACCAGUUGGAGGGUAAUUAUGGGGAUUUGUCUGUGCAGAAGUAUAGCAGUAAUGUGGUUGAAAAAAGCCUGAAAUAUGCAGGUGAAGAGCGGCGCAUACGCAUUGUUCAGGAGCUGAUAGAAAAUCCGCGCUUGGAUCAAAUCAUGCAAGACCCUUAUGGCAAUUAUGUUAUCCAAGCAGCACUCAGUCAAUCAAAGGGAACUUUUCAUUCUAAACUGAUGGAUGCAAUAAAACCUCAUGUGCCUGUGCUUCGGACCAGUCCUUACGGGAAGAAAAUCCUCUCUAGCAAUAUUUUGAAGAAAUAAUCUGUUGCAGGUUUUGACUACGUCAGAGCAAUCUCGCAUUACACGAGAUCCAUAUGUUUGUAGAUAAGCGGCUUCUUUUUGUUCCUUUAUUUUUGCAUAGAAUAAAAGCAGUGUGAAGAUGUAGAGUUGUUUGAGCUAUGGAGAAGUGUACCAUGGUUGAGUGUCUUGGCUGAAGCCGUAGCUAGUUGGAUGGUGUCAAGAUGGAGCAAUUGGAAGUUAUCUGUUUUUUCAUGUGAGACAUUUUAGCAAUGUAAAUCUAACAUCUAUAGAUUACCAUAAUGAGCUUCAUCUAUAGAUUGCCAUAAUGAGCUUCAGCUAUGAUUGUGUGUGUGUAUAUAAUUAUAUAUGAGUA